UGGACGAGACAAGAUGAGUAUGAUAAACAUGUAGCUGUGUUUUCAAUGGAACCAUUUGUCUGUCUUUCUCAGGAAUUUAAACAAGAACUGAAUACAAUGCUAAAUGCAUAUAUUAAUCCAUUUGACAAAGUAUGGAAUGGUGCAACAGUCAUGGACAGAACAAUGUUAGUAAAAAGUUUUGUUCCACUAUGUUAUGCAUUAGGCAAUUGA